CAUGAAGGUGAACAAAAAAAAAAUAUCAGCGGGUGAAACUUCCCUGUCUCAGUUUUGCUGUCUGGAUAACCUUACAAACACGGAAACAGAGCUGUUCUGCCGCCAACGAUUGUAUAUUAAUAGAUAAGAUUGUAAGGAUUCGUGUAUCAAAAAAAAAAGAAGAAAAAAAAGGGUACGGAGUAAGAUGCCGGAGAGCGUGAUUGUAUGGUGAUGGAAGCGCACCUGUUGAAGUUCGUGGAGCAGGUCCGUUGUCUGUCCAACCGUGACAGCAGUGGAGACCAGCUCAUCUCCACCGAGUUCAACUUGAUACGGCAGAAAAGUGCAUCACUCAAAGAGGACCAUAGCCUAUCCACUGCCGCAGGAGAAAUCAAAGAAAAUGUGAAGAAAAACCGCUAUAGGGACAUUCUGCCCUAUGAUCAGACCAGAGUCUGUCUAGCUCCAACCACAUCUGAAUAUGAGUCUGAUUAUAUUAAUGCCAACUUCAUCAAGGGACUGAACAGAAGAUAUAUCGCCACCCAAGGCCCUUUAGGCAGUACUGUGGUUGAUUUCUGGCGCAUGAUUUGGCAACACAAUGUUAAGGUCAUAAUCAUGGCUUGUAGAGAGGUUGAGAUGGGAAAGAAAAAAUGUGAAGUCUACUGGGCGUCGAUCACAGAUGCAUCGAUUUUUGGUCCCUUUACCAUCUCAACUUUUGAGGAGGCACGACCAAAUGAGGAAGUCAUUGUUCGGACGUUGGUGGUAAAAUAUUGUGAUGAAACUCGUGAAGUGUCUCAUUUCCAGUAUACUGCCUGGCCGGACCACGGAAUUCCAGACAUGCCGGAUGGCAUUCUGGGUAUGAUGGAGCUGGCUCGCCAAAAACAGGGCAACCAGACGGACCCUGUAGUCAUCCACUGCAGUGCCGGCUGCGGUAGAACGGGGGUCAUCUGUGCUGUUGAUUAUGUCAAUGAUCUACUGCUGACGGAGCAAAUACAGGAGGAUUUUAAUAUCUUGGACCUGGUGUUAGAGCUCAGAAGACAGAGACCUUCGGCUGUGCAGACCAAGGAGCAGUAUGCAUUUGUCUUUUAUACGGUUGCUCAGAUGUUUCAAAAGUUUUUGGAGAUGAAAAACAAGAAGACAGAGACUUCAGCCUCUCUGUACAUCAAUUCGGUUCCACCGAAGACGUCGCUAAAAACAGGAUCAUUAGGCAGCAUCAGCGUACCCCCUAGAACACGAAAUCCACCUCUUAAGCCCAAGUUUUCCCAUCCUCUUCCUCAGACCAGGAUGAACGACACUUAUGCAGUCGUCAACAAGCCCAAAUUAAAGCCUCCUGCUUCUAGCCCUCAUUCAAUCACUGUCCAUCACUAUGACAACGCUGAUUUAGAGAAAAGCAAUAACAAUGCAGUCUACAGUGCAGUCAAACCUAAAAACAGGCCCACGUCAGCCCUGCCUUCUCCCACCUCACCGGGUUAUGACAGAUCAACAACAGCCAAUCAGAGAGGAGGACUGGCACCCAAAAAGACAGAUCAUGAGGGUUAUGAGCUAUUGCCAGGGGAGUUGAGGUCCAUGAAUAGAGAUUCGCAUCCAAACAGUCUGCUUUCACGAUCUCCAAGUACAACUGAGAGCCAAUCUUCUACAGAUGAUGAUUAUGAAUAUGUGUCUAGCAUCGUCAAGGACACCAGCAGCCCAUUUGCCCCGGGUGGCCUGGGUUUCAACUGUCGCAUAAAGAAACCAAAAGGCCCUCGAGAUCCGCCGGCCGAAUGGAGUCGUGCAGAAAGAUGAAACUGCAAAAAAAAAAAAAAAAGAACCCAACCUACUAUAGCCUGUUCCAGUAGUUUUGUUCACUGGGUUAUAAUAGAGCAUUAUUUAUUUCCUUCAAGAGGUUCCACUGGUAGUUUUGUUUGUUUUACUGUUUUUAUUACUUAAGCAGUUUAUGAUUAUGUACAGUAAUGUAGUUUAUUGAUGUAUUUGUGUGGCAAAUAAUUUCAAUAUAAAAUGCAAUAUUGAAAAAGUUCACUGCAUGUGAUUUAAAGGGGUCAUUUAAUGUUUUUGUAAUCAUUGUAACCCACGUUAUUCAAAUUUUUAUACACCAAUUUC